AUAACAACACACCUAGGCAAUUGGACUAAUUUGCAACGCGUCAGCUAUUUGAAACGAAUUAAUUUUACGUGUUAAUUUACCUUACUGAUAAACGCUUUCAUCGCAUGCUGCUUGCACUGCGCGUGCACUGAAGAUCACCGACAAUGGAAACACUGUACCAUCAAACCAACAGCACUGUCAAGGAAAUCGAGCAAUGUUUUCAGCGAUUAGGCCAGGUUGCACCGCAGGAAGCGCUUGACGUGGAGAACACGAUACAAGUGAAAAUCACCCAGGCCAAUUCCAACUGCGAUAGACUCGAUGUGCUGCUAUUCAAGGUGCCACCAUCGCAACGGCAGAGCUCCAAGCUGCGCAUAGAUCAGCUGAAGUACGACUUGAGGCAUUUGCAAACAUCGCUGCAGCACGCGCGUGAUCGUCGCCAGCGUCGUCAGCAGGAGAUCAGCGAGCGGGAGCAGCUGCUAAACCAUCGUUUUGCGGCAAAUAGCACCUCGCCGUCGGAGACGUGCCUGCAACUGGACUAUGAGCUGCAACAUCACACACAGAUGGGCAAUGCCCAUCGGGGUGUGGACGACAUGAUUGCCUCUGGCAGCGGCAUACUGGAAAGUCUCAUAUCACAGCGCAUGACACUGGGUGGUGCCCACAAGCGUAUACAGGCCAUUGGCAGCACACUCGGGUUGUCCAAUCACACAAUGAAGUUGAUAGAAAGAAGGUUGGUUGAGGAUCGGCGCAUCUUUUUGGGCGGCAUGGUGGUCACAAUGCUAAUAAUUGGUCUGAUAAUAUAUUUUUUAGUGCUGUAGUAAAACGCUUAUAUCUUGCACGAGUUUUAAAUUAAAUGUACUCUAUUUAGGUGAAAACCA